CUCCCCCAACCCCAACCCCAUCCCCAACCCCCUAGUGUUUUCACUUUCCAGGAUACUAUCGAUUAGAAGCCCAAUAUACAUCUCUCCCCCCCUCUCUCUCUUUAUAUGUUCUAGGGUUUGUUUCUUGAAUUCUGAUUCACCUCAUCGCCCGCCAGCAGAAAUUAUUCUUCUUCUCGUGGGUGGAGUAUUAGGGAUGGAGAUGAUGAACGGUGGUUUCAAAGUGUCGGAUGAAUUGUUGGGGACCUUUGCGCCCAUAAUUCUAUACUGGGCGUAUUCAGGGAUUUAUGUGUUGUUAGGGUCACUGGAGGGUUACAGGCUGCAUAGCAAGAAAGAUGAAGAUGAGAAGAAUUUGGUGCCCAAGAAGGAUGUGGUCAAAGGGGUUCUUCUUCAGCAAGCUGUUCAGGCUGUCGUCGCCACAAUCCUCUUUGCAGUCACUGGAAGCGACAGUGAAUCUGCACAAGCACAACAGUCUUCCCUUAUUGUUCUUGCUAGACGAUUUUUGGUUGCAAUGAUGGUGUUAGAUACCUGGCAGUACUUUAUGCACCGUUACAUGCAUCACAACAAGUUCUUGUACCGGCAUAUCCAUUCUCAACAUCACCGACUUGUUGUCCCAUAUGCUUUUGGAGCUUUGUACAACCACCCCUUGGAAGGUCUGCUUCUUGAUACAAUUGGUGGAGCUUUAGCUUUCCUUGUCUCAGGCAUGUCCCCUCGAGCUUCCAUCUUCUUCUUCUCAUUUGCUACCCUCAAAACAGUUGAUGAUCACUGUGGGUUAUGGUUACCUGGCAAUCUUUUCCACAUUUUCUUUAGAAACAACUCAGCAUAUCAUGAUAUUCAUCACCAGCUCUAUGGCAACAAAUAUAACUUUUCGCAGCCAUUCUUUGUGAUGUGGGAUCGGAUCCUUGGUACUUACAUGCCUUACUCACUGGAGAAGAGAACUAAUGGAGGAUUUGAAGCACGGCCCACUAAAGAUUGCAAGGAAAACUGACUAAAAUAAUCAUUUCCUGUAACAAUUGUGUAUCAGUAUAGGUUUUCGUUUUUCUUAUUUUUACAUUUUCUUGAGUGCUAUUAUGAAUCGUACAUAUCUAUACCUAUGCCAUGUUUUAUAACCAGCUCUUCUCGAUGUAAGCAUUUGAGGGAAUGAUGAAACUUGAAGUUUUUUCA